UGAAUUAGUGGAAUGUGCAGUUUUAAAUGUGUGCUGAGAUCAGAGGCUGUCUAUUGCAUUUGUUUCAGAACUCAGGUAUCAUUUAAAAUCAGUCAUUGUAUUUUCUGUUGGUAAAAGUUUCCACCUUUCAUAUGUGUGUAGACUCUUGCUGUUUUGGACUGAGUCUCUAACCUUUUUCUGGUUGUUAUUCAAAGCAAAAUAUUUCAACGUAAAUUACUUUAAUCCAAGUAAGUAAUUUAUUGACCUUUUGUCCAUCUUUAUAAUCAUCCUAUUUAAUUAAGCCCCCCAAUUAUAAAAGCUAUAAUUUGAAAUUCAUAUUUGGUUUGUUUCAAUUAAAUUUUAAAAUAUAGCCUAUGUCUUGAUAAUUAUAUUGACUUGAACAUUUUGAAAUGAAGAAAGGUGGUCUUUAUGAAAUUUAUGGUUUUUCAUUAAUAAUCUGUCACUGAAGAAGAAAUUCUUAAGCAAAAAGUAAUUGUUUUGUGAAUACCGUGUGAGAAGAUGGUGUAUGGCUUUCGGUCUUAUUUGGUGUGCAUGCCAUAAUGAAUGGAGAAAUAACCUAUAUUGUGUUUUCAGACUUAUUUGGGUUAUUUUAUAUUACCAUGGGCAAGUGUAAGUAUAGUCACUUAGAAGUUGAUCUGAAUGGCUUUGAGUCCUUCAGAUCUCUUUUCCAUAUCCCACAGAGAAACUUUUGAAUAGGUAACAUUGGAAGUAAACAUGAAAAAGAAAUAAAAUCAUCCUGAGGAUUUAUAAUAUUUCCAGAAAUUUAACUUUGAAAAUUUAUAAUGUUUUCAAAAUUCUAAGUUGGAAAAUUUUAAAGAUGUGUAACAUGAAUUCAUAAAGAGCCUACCAGAAGAGGUAACUGCCAGUGUCUGAGGAAUUCCUGCAGUGAUGGCUCCCAACCCCAGCAGAGAGAAGGGCUCAGGUACCACGGGGGCCCUGCCCUAUGCCGCAGGGACAAGCGCUGCAGGUAGAGAGAGCCAUUAAAUCCUUUUCAUCGCUUUGUUAAAAAGUCUUUAUCCUGUUCUACAAAGGAUUUGGUUAAAAAUUAAGAAUAGCAGAUAUCACAUCAAACAGUAUCCAUCAAUAACUGAAUAGGUGUCAGGAGAGUUUAUGAUUAUGCUACCAAUUCAUUAGAAAAGACCCUGAUGCUGGGAAAGAUGGAAGGCAGGAGACAGGGGUGACAGAGGAUGAGAUGAUUGGAUGGCGUCACCGACUCAAUGGACAUGAGCUUCAGCAAACGUCAGGAGAUAGUGAAGAGCAGGAAAGCCUCAUGUGCUGCAGUCUGGGGUCUCAAUGAGUCAGACACAACUUAGCGACUGGUGUUAACCAGCAACACACUGCCAGUGUACCCAGUAGAGUGGCUACUUCCAUCAGAAACAGGAGAGCUGGGCGUCACGGCAAGUCUCUAUUCCAUCCUGCAUAGUUAAUAUGAUACAAAAGAAAAGUUCUCUUAAAUUCCCAGGGAAAUUCUGCCUGUUUUUGGCAAAUGACUCAGUGUGCCUUUUCAGUGAUACUUUCAACGUUUGUCAGCAACCAGGUUUAAAAGUAAGAAUGCCAUCUGAGUUUCAUAGGAUCCGUUUGCAACCAGUCAGGAAACACUAAUUGAAUCAGGCUCCACCUGUUAAGUUGUAUGUGAUGAAAGUAGUCCAGUUUUCCUCUUUUAAAAAUGGAUCAUUUAAUUUUCUAAUGAUACUGUUAAUACAGCCGUUACUUCUGAGUAAAAGUUUUCACUAACUUUCUUCUUUUCUCCUCUUUCAUUCUUUCACCUUUGGUUCUCCUCUGAUUGUAUCGCUGUGUAACUUCACAUUCAACCAUGGGUUUGCUUUCGAGAACAGCCUGUUUCCUUGUGCCCGCCUUCACCACUCAUCCGCUGUGCUUCAUCUCUUUCCCCAAACCUGUUGCCAGUCCCUGAGAUGGACUUCCUCUCUGACAUUUCAGAGGAAGACCCCUUUGGGGAGGCCGAUCGCAUCACUCUCGACAGCUUAGAGCGCCUUUCCACAGGCGAGGCGUCAGAGCAGGGGCCCUGUGUUCCUGACUUGGGUCCUCUUGAAGCCCCUUCUGAGCCUGCUCGCCCCGCUGCACCCGAGCAGGCUCCAAAAGAGGCCGACCACACGGAUUCCGAGUGUGGGUCCUUGUUCAGUUUCUGCAGAUGCUUUCUGCCUCGCUUCCCCUCGCUGCUCGAUGAGGACGGGUCCCUGGCCUUCCCCAGCCUCCCCAAGGUCUGGGUCUCCUUCCUCCCCGCGGACGCCCGGCCCUACGUGCCCGUCGCCUCCGCCUCGUUCUUCCCCUCGCUCAUCCUCAUCUUCGGGCUCCUUCUCUCCGCUUCUCAGUCGGUGCCCUUUUCUCUCACCCUUUCCCUCCCUCUGGCGCUCUCCCUCUGCUAUCUGGAGGCGAGAGCUGCCGCCCUGACCGCUCCUUAUGACUGUGACUGGAGUGACAAGGCAGAGGAGGAGGAAGCACUUACGGGCUGUCCUCCAUCAGCUUCAAACCUGUGCGGGCAACGGCGCUCCACUUCUCCUUAAGCCUUCCUGAUGCAGAGUGUAAACAUGCGCAUAAACCUCAGCAUGGGUUGCCCCCAAAACAGUAUGAUCUGCACACCUUCACACACACACGUAGCUUUAGUGCAUGAGAAAUAAGUGUAAUUAAGCAUUUCCCCUCACUGAUAUUCAUUGACUAGGUCCACACAUUCUACGUUGAGUGCAAAGUUAUUGGUUUUUAAAAUAAAUAUCUGAACCAUACUAGGCCACAAAAGAAGGAGAGGGGGACCUCCAUAGUAGUCUCCCUUAAGUAGUCCCCCUUUUUAAGGGGGACCUCCUUAAUAGUCUGUUUUGGGUCUGUCCAUUUUGCACAUAAAUGUUAAUGCUGUUCCUUUAGGAUGGAAACUUUAUUUUGGUAUAGAACUUCGAAUACAGUGGACAUAACUGAUCGAUAUGUAUUAAUAGAAUUCCUUAGUGUUACUAUUUUGCUAUUAGAAAGCCAAGCUUGUUCUUCAUUAAGGAGAAUGCACCUGUGACCGUUACUCCUGAUGGGUGUGUAGGUCUAAUCUCAGAAACUCUUUGUCUCCCUAUUAUUGUAGCAUUUGGGACCCAGAUGAAGUUCAUGUAGUUUAUUUACUUUUAUUUAUUUAUUUAUUUUUUUAACUCAAAAUCAUAUCUGUGAGUCCCUGUCAGGUAUUUUUAAGGAAGAUACUCUUCUGUCUUUAACAAAUACGUAUGAAAAAUAAACCACAGCAUUUUGAAAAUUUAGACUCUGUAGCCCUAAGGUUGGGUCAGACCUCUUAGUGUCCUUUUAUUUAAAAUUAAGUGUCUGGUUUGAGGAUUUCUGCCCCAUAAAAGGCUACUUCUGCAGUACUAAGCUGUGCUUAGUGUGUUUCUUUUUUUUUAUUGUUUAGCUAAAUGUGGUCUGGGGACCUAGUGUCCUAUAUCCUGUAGGUACUAUUCAUACAUAGAAUAAACCACAAAAUUUAGAGCAAAUCUAAGGAAAAAUGUGAAGAUAAUUAAACACAGGGGGAGAAUCCAUGAUUCCUAAAUGUUACCCAAGGAAUGCCAAAUAUUGACAUUUUAGAGAAGUGUUGACCAAGGAAUUAGAAGAUUAUUCUUAACAGAUUGUUGAGUGGUUGUAUUCUGUUUUUCCCUCUUGAUCAAAAGAUACUCUGAGUUCCCUGUUUACCUCUCAAAAAUGCUUGAAUGGCUAAAAAAAAAAGUACAGUAAAGAAGAAAAAUAAUGUAUAUAAUCCUGCUCUAAAUGAACACGUGAAAGUUACACUAUUUUCCUUUGACAUCUGAAUCAGUAUUUUUCCUUUAUGCUAUUCCGUUCCAUGAGUCAGUAAGUCAUCAGUGUUUCUAUUAGUUUUAAAUACACAGAUUUAUUCUUUGGAUCGUUAGAUAACUGAGAAUUGUCCCAACUAUGAAUAAAUAUGCUUGUUUAAAGAAUUUUAUGAAAGAAAAGUGACUAUAAAACUCAGGAAUAGUUUUUACUGUCCACCAUUUUACGUAAAAGUAGCAAAAUAAACCAGUUCCUCCCCAAGGAAAGAAAUCUAUGUAGGGUGAACAUUUGUCCCUGAUUGAGAGUGAAAGGUAAAAUUUGCAUCAUUACACUUUGCCCUUACAGCCAGUUUGACUUAAAUAUUUCAGGUUAGAGCAGACUGAAUUAUGCCAUUUUUACACUCUCAUAUUUUCAUUCCUGAGUCAAAACAUAUUAAAAAGCAACACAUUAUCUGGUGACUGAGAAAGAGUGAAGCUUCCCUUCUCUAUUCCACCUUUGCAAAGGACCAUUUCCAUCAUUUGUACAACAUUGUAGGUGAAGAAAGACCAAAGUGGCUUAAUAUUCUGCGUCUUCUGAGGGCCAGACAAUAAAGGUUGGUAAUGCUGGUUCACCAUUUAAGUUCAAAUACAGCUUCUUUGCACUGGUGAUAGUGUUUCCAAUAAUACUCCCCUUCUCUCUGGCUGCUUGCUGGGUGACUUCAGGCGAAGAUGGAAGAGGACGAAGCACGGCUGGAGGAGGUGGAUAUUAUUCCCCAAAGUUAAAUACCUGGUGGUUGCUGCCUGCCAUUAUGAUUGCACGGCGGGGGGGUUGGGGGAGUGCACAUUUAGGAUUUAUUUGUGACUUUUGCUCAUUGUGGCUUUAGGUUCUUAAGAUUUUUAUUUCUCUUUUAAUGUCUUAGACUGUCCAACUCUGAGUCAUUUCUGGUGCUUGCUGAUUGAUACACUUAUGUUUAUUUGCCUUCCCCCCUCCCUCCCUGUGUGUGAUUUAAUU